AUGGCCUCGGAAGAUUUCAUUGACCUGGGCUCUGAUCCCGGAAACGAUGCCGACGAGGUGGACGAUCAGGCCUCAGAGUCCGCUGAAGUUCAUCAAAUCAGUGACGACCCUAGUGUUGACUAUACGGAAACAGCGGAAGCUUGUGAAGGAGAAAUUGACCAGGAGACCUUUCAUGUGGUGAAUAUCGAGGAUAAUUCGAUUCAACAGUCAUCUGUUCUUCAAAAAGGUGUUGACUGGGAAGAAACUGUUACAGUGGUGGAGGAAUUGACCGUAGCUGGGCCUGAACCCAUGGAGAAUGGCUCCAUCGAUACCAGUCCUCCCAGAGACCAUACACCAGAACCAAGCUGUAUCCUGCUGCCCGGUGGCGUAAUAUGACUGGACACUCUUUCUUCAUCCAUGAUAUCUUCCAUUAGAUAUAUAUAUGGUCUCGAUCGCAUUAUCUUGUGAUUGCCAUAACUCGGCGCAGCAGCUGUCACAGGGGCGAAAAGAAGCAGAACGCCAGGUGACGAGCAGCCAUCGGUGCAUGUGGUUUACAAGUCUUUGUCUCAGUACGGAAAACUUUCAUCCAUCUGAGAGAAAUCAGCCGCUCGUUUGAUUUUAUGGUUCAGAAGAUAAUAAUUAUCAUACGUUUGAGAUAUUUUGCUGCGCGCUUAUGGCGCCGUUCUCUCUGUGUGUUUCUUCUUGCUAUUCCCAGAGCAAGCAGGAGAAAGCUCGAGGAGCUCCUGCAAGAGUGGUCCGAAUGGCAUGGCCGGAGUGGAACCUCAUCAGAUGUAAUUCUCUCUCCUUCUUGAUGCCCACUGGGUCAACUUGAUCUGAUGCCGUCUCUGCUACUGGCCGUCAUGUUUGCCUGCUCACGAGCUUUUGGAUCCACCGAUUUGUGGCGUAUUUUCAUGUGGGUGAUCUUGGAGCAGGCUUCUUCAAUGGAGGCUAUGGAAGAUGGGGAGCAGACGUACUUUCCAGCCCUCCGCGCCGACCCAGAUAAGCCGUCUUCGGUGGUGAGAUCUCCAUUUUCUUCCUGCAAGAAACGCUCAACCAGCAUCUGGAGGUCGGAUUCCUUUCUCCCAGUGCAUUCAUUUCUCCCAUAUGCAGUCAUUUCGGGUGGACAAGAGAGCAAGAACGGAUGAAUCUGGUUCGGUUGACGGCGACUGGGUUCCACUCUAUGAUCGUGGAUUCACUCUGGGUCUCUCUGCAACCGAUGGCUCAGCCCGCCCUGAGAGGUAAAUAAAUAGUCCAUGGCGAUCUUGAGAAAAUGAGCAGCCUCCGUUCUUCGCAGUUGACUUUCAGUGCAGAAGUUAACGUUCGUCGUAAGUAAAUCUCUGCCUUUUUUCUUUUUUUUUUGUGUCUCCAGGGUGGAACCACUCGAAGCAUCUCGUUGCUUCAAUUGCGGGUCUUACAGCCACUCGUUGAAGGAUUGCCCGAGGCCCCGCGACAGCGCCGCCAUCAACCUUGCCCGCAGGCAGCACAGCUCCAGGAGGAACUCUGCGUCAGGUCAACGCGGCCAGACCCGGUACUACCAGAUCUCCACUGGGAAGUUCGAUGGUCUGAGGGCCGGCGUUCUUGGGCCCGAGCUGAGAGAAUCUCUGGGCAUCGGGGUAAUGGAUUCCUCAUGUUCAUCGUCCUUCUCUCUCUGAAUCUGAUGAUAAAGAUUGCAUCUUGGUGAUAUUCAUCCGUGUUCUUCCAUUCCUUCUCUGGUAGAAUUUUGUGGGCCAGAAUUAUUUUCUGGCGAUGGGCUUAAUUUGUUUUCCGGAUGAAAAUCUUUUUUUUUUUUGGUUUUCGAUGCAGGAGCUCGAUCCACCUCCAUGGCUUCACCGGAUGCGUGAACUGGGGUACCCGCCGGGAUAUCUAGGUUUGUGAAUCGGAGGAGAUUCGAUCGAUGUUCUUCCCUUGAUUCGCCAUUGAUUCCUGCUUCUGUACUUUAUGUUGCAGAAGAGGAGGAAGACGAAGACCCGCCCUCGGGAAUCACCAUCUAUGCCGAGGAGGAAGGUCAACUGGAGUACGAGGAAGGAGAGCUCCCCGAGAAGGGGGAGCCGGGGCCGUCGGAGAAGAAGAUGACGGUGGAGUUCCCGGGAAUCAACGCGCCGAUCCCGGAGAAGGCGGACCGGCGGCUCUGGGCGGUGCCGGGGGGUCUCUCGGCCGGAUCUGGGCGACGGUCCGAGAUGCAGAGGGAGUUCUCCGAUCAGAGACGGCCGUGGGACUACCGAGACGGCGGCGGACCUUCAAGCUCCUCCCCCGCGCCGUUGCGCCGGUCCCCAUCGGGGUACAGCUCCUACGACCACCAUUCUCUCUCGAGAACUCCGAGGUCUCUGUCGGAGAGGGAGAGGGGGCCUCUGUCCUACGAAGGAUCUCCGUACUCUUCGGGCCACAGCCUUUACUCUGGGGAGAUCUACGGCCGGACGGCGCACUCCGACCGCUGGUACGGCGGCGCCGCCGCCGAGGACUCGCCACCGAGGAGAGACCGGCUCCGGCACCGCCAUCAUCAUCAUCAUCAUCAGAGGUAG